AUGGAGAAAGACGGAGCAUGGCUAGCUGACGGCGAGUACCGCGAAUUCGUCCGCUCACUUUCCUGGUCAGACCCGCGUCUCAGGCAGCGGGAUCCCAAGGCCACCACCCAGCGCAUCGCCUUCACAGACGACAACGUCAAAGUCGUCAAGCUCAGUCUCCAGAACGGCAAGUUCACCAGGAAGGCAGAGUUCAACGAGCCCGCGCUCUUGGAAGCCCACUUCCGCAGCACGGCAUCCCAGCGCGGCCGCCAAAAUGUCUACAUCGUCGAAGGACUCGGCCCCGGAUUCGCCAGUGUUAUAGGUGAUCAUUUCAACCUGCACCCCUCCUUCUUCGUGGAGCACGAACGCGUUGUUGUGCACAACAUGAAUUGGAUGGGUGAGAGCGACGGCAUACAGUUGCCGUCUGUCAUUCAAAGUCGGGGGCACUUGGAGAUGAAAUACUACGAGGUCGUGACGUUCGACAGGAAACCGACCAGUUUCCGCUGGGUGUGCGCCGCUACUGGGCGUCAUAUCGGCGUCUCCAGAGACUUCAAAUGGGACAACGCACCUGACGAGAUUGACAACUUCUUGGAUGUGGGCGUUGUCCGGAGGAAAUGCGGCGUCUGGUCCUGGAGGACCGAAGGCGGCGGAUGGGAUUGUCUCGUGCUCUGCGAUCCCCCGGUCAGGAGCGUCCGAACGGGACCUAGCUAUAAUGAAGAACAUCCCGUCAAGACGUGGCCCUACCAAGGCGGCUACCUCGACUUUGUCCCCGAGGAGGAGCAGAUCCGCGUUGCCAGAGAAGGCUUCUACCGCGGCCCGCCGCGGAUCUCCAUGCUGGAAGACCUCUCCUUCUACCUCGAGACGCACUCGCGCCUGGUGGACAUCGCGGAGCCCGACUCGGUCAGCGUCUUCGUCAAGAAGCUCGUGGCCUCCCACUUCCUCAAGCAGACGGAACACCUGCGCGCGACCCUCUCGGCGGUCCAGCGCGGCCUCACCCGAAAGCAGGACCUGGCCAAGAUGCCCAUGGAAAAGGUCGAGGCCUUGUGGAGCGACAUGCAGGGCUGGGAACGGCGGACGGGCGAGUACCUCGAGGAUCUCGAAGGCAUUAUGCUUCAGCUCGGAGUCCCCCUCUCUCACCCCGUGGGUCCGAUCGUUGCAACGCCGCCGCCGUUGAUGAGGGGCGCCGUGUCGCCAGCAAGUCUCGCGUGGCAAGACUGCGCGGCCGAUUUCCAGUUUCUGUAUCUGCGGUUCCGGGAGCUGCGGCACCGCACGGAGACGCUCAAUGCCGCGGUGACGGGGCUGGCGAGCAUUACGGGGAACCGGCAGGCGUACAAGGAACAGCAGCGAAGCAUCGGAGAGGCCAAGAGGGUCAAGGCCAUCACCUUGCUUGGUCUGGUAUUCAUACCGCUGGCAUUCACAACGUCGCUGUUCGGUAUGGAACAGCCGUUUGGGCCUGGGCACGACCUGUUUUGGGUAUUCUUGGCGACGUCGUUUCCUCUCAUUCUGUUCGUCUUGGUGGGAUACUACGUCUUGGAUUUCGGAUACAAUGAUGAGGGGAGAGCGUGGUCAUUAGAGAACUUUAAUAAGUCCAUGAGGGAAAGGCUAGACCGGCUUAAAAGACAGGAAACGGCGACGGAGGAUGUCCUUCGAGAGAUGAAGGCAUGA